AUGGAGCGGCCGAGGAUAUCACAGCCGCGGCGCCACGAUGACAGGGUCAUACUUCACUUUGAUUACGACUGCUUUUAUGCGCAGGUAGCGGAGAACCGCAAACCGGCACUCAAGUCUUUACCUCUGGGCAUAAGGCAGAAGGGGAUCCUAGCCACAUGCAACUACGAGGCGCGCCGGCGAGGCGUCAAGAAACUCAUGGUCAUCCACGAGGCUCGCAAAAUCUGUCCGGAGCUCGUGCUUGUUGAAGGCGAGGAUCUGGCGCCUUUCCGUGACGUAUCAAAGCACCUGUACACCUUGCUGCGGUCGUAUAGUUGGAGCGCCAAGGUGGAGAGACUGGGGCUGGAUGAGGUCUACUUCGACGCAACUGACAUGGUGACUUACAACUUGGAGCUGCUGAAUCACAACACUUUAACGCAGUCUUUCUUCUACCUGUCAAGGGAUGAUCCCGAGAAGGGGUUCGACUUUGAUGCUUCUCGGGUCAUGGGCCGCACUGUGGGCUCACCUCCAAAGGUUGUGGCAGGCUAUGAGAGCCCCGUUUACAUGAGACUGCUCCUCGCUUCACACCUAGCGCGCUUCCUUCGCAUGAAGGUUGAGGACGAAGGGUAUACGUCCGCAUGUGGGAUCUCCACCAACAAGGUACUGAGCAAGAUGGCUGGCUCGCAGAACAAGCCGCGGAACCAGACCACUCUAUUGACCUUGCAUGAUCCCGAUGUCCUCUCCUUCGUGGAUCAGCAUCGCUUGCGCCAGAUUCCUGGUAUAGGCUCCAAAACAAGCCGCGUCCUCGAGGCUCAUAUCCUCGGGCACGAGGUCAGCCAGGAUGCCCACUCGCUGGACUGCGCCGUCACGGCGGGCCAAGUUCGCACCCACGCAGAUACUACUCCCGGCACCCUAGAGCGUCUGCUAGGGGGACCUGGCGCGGAGAAGGGCCUAGGCGAGAAAGUAUGGUGUUUGCUGCAUGGCGUCGACGAUACCCUCGUGAAGCCUGCCAGCGAUAUACCCACGCAAAUCAGCAUUGAGGACACCUACCAGGGCCUCAACGAACCCGGCGAGAUCCUAAGGGAGCUGCGAAAGCUGUCUCAUUCGCUCCUACGGCGCAUGCACGUCGACCUGGUCGUCGAUAACAUCGAGUCUCCAGGCCAAAGAUGGGUUGCCCGCCCCAAGACGCUCCGCCUGACAACACGACCCAAGACGUCAAUGGCCGAGGGCAGACCGUACAACUUUCAGCGCUGCAGUCGAAGUCAGGCCCUUCCCAAUUUUGCCUUCAGUCUUGUCUUGGAGAGGGGGGAGAUUGUCGACAAACUGGUCGAUGAAUGUCUGCUGCCCAUGUUCCGCAGGCUUAAUCCGGGCCAAGACAAGGGAUGGAACACGGGCUUACUCAACAUCUGCGUCGCCAACAUGGUAUUCACCGGCAGCGACGAUGCGACAGGCAGCGGGCGGGACAUAUCCGUCAUGUUUCGCCGACAGGAAGAAACGCUGAAACAAUUCACAGCCUACGACGACAGUCCCCGGCCGGUGCAAGGACAGGAUGGGGAUGGUCAAGAUGAUGGCAGGGAUGCUCAAGAGAGCCGAGCGCUCGAGUCACAAGAACAGGAAGUCGCCUGGGACGACAGCAACCAGUCUGAUCUGGAAGAUGACGGCUGGUGUGGCUGGGACGGCGCCGAGCUCUGCCCCCAGUGCGGUCGAUUGCUCCCGACAUUUGCCAUAAGCGCGCAUCAGCGCUUCCAUAUCUUGGGUGCUUGA